GCUCCCACAUCCAUAUCUGUAGUUGUUAUAAUCUCAGGCUCUACCAAAUUUGAGGGCAUUGUAAAAUAAGCGUGCAAAGUAUGUUGUUGUCCAAGGUCUGCCAAUGUCAGGGUGCUUGCCAUUGGAUAUGACCUUAGCUCCCGAAGAUGACAGAGACGGUAUAGGAUGUGUGAAGAGUGCAAACAACCAAACCUAUGGCCAUAACCUUGUCCUCCAAGCCAAGUUGCAACAACUCAGGACACAGUUUCCACAUGCUGUCAUCACCUAUGCUGAUUACUGGAAUGCCUAUUUCACAGUCAUGAAGAAUCCAAACCAGUAUGGUUUCAAGGAGAGCUUCAAGGUCUGCUGUGGGACAGGUGACCCCUACAACUUUGAGGUGUUUGCCGUGUGUGGCACACCGUCUGCUAGUGCCUGUCCAAGCCCUUCCCAGUACAUAAACUGGGAUGGAGUUCAUCUCACUGAAGCCAUGUACAAGGCGCUUACUGAUAUGUUCCUCGAUGGCAAGGCCACUCACCCUCCCUUCAGUUACUUUUUGGACAUGAAACUGCGUUGCGGAUGAACUGCUUGCCUUUGGAUCAGCUUAAUGUUUUAGUACUUUGCUAUGUUGCCUGUGAUCUCAACUGAGUAGAUUGUAGUUAUGAAGCAAAAGAAAAACAAAUCGGAUGGUAUAAUCGGUGUUAGUUACUACUGCUUGAGAACACUUCUCAGGCUUCCAUAAUUUAGAACAUCCUCUAAAAAAUUUACAUGUUGAACUAUUCAUCAAAUCGUACUUGUUUCUAAAUAUUCGAUGUUUGGGAGGAAUUGAACCUACGAAAUCGCCAAUUAUUUCUCAUUGAAAGCUAAUGAAUCAGAUUCAACAAAGGAAAUGAUGCACUGUUGGUGCCAUGGGAUUUAAUCAUCCAAUAAAGGUUAAAAAAGAAAAAUUGUUCUCUGUGCAAAUGAACUCCUCACUAAAUGCAACAUGGAAGUCGCAUGGCCUGAUAGCA